CCAGACCUUUUUUGCUCUUGUUUCUGAUCUCCUGCUAUCCGCAGGCUGUGCCUUCUGGCCAGUCACAAGAUAAAAACAACUACACAACCACUACUCUACGCAACUCUCCGGCCACCGACCAUGUCGGUGGUGCAGGACCUUCUGGCUUGGUGGUGGGCCACUUGCCUCUUGCUAGGCAUCUGGCUCGCCCCCAUGGUCCUCGUCGACCGCUCUGCGGUCGGCGCGGGCCCUUCUGGUCUGUUCGAUGGACUUUGGUCUCGUCGGGAACUGGUGUCUGGCAAGAAACAGUCUGUUCUUGUUGCCCCUCACAGUACCUCCGCUACGGCCCAUGGUUUGGAGUCGCUCUUUGCGCUCUCGAAUGUCAUUGGAAUUUCUGGUCAAGAUGAACCCUUCACUGGGCAUGCUCAUCUCGCGACUGUUGAUCGUCUCUCCGCCUCGCUCUCACGCGUGCAGAGUCUUGGUGCGCUUUCUCGAUUGUGCAACCUAUUGGCUGAGGCUAACAUCACGCCAGGACAACGCUUGUUCUUUGGGAACAACGUCACGUCUGGGACCCUGAUUGGGAAGGACAGGUUGACGACGGCGAGUCGGGAAGCCUACACGGGACGUCCUCUGUCUGUCUAGUAAUGGUGCACGCCUGCCAGCAACAUGGCGGGCGGCAUCGUGAAACACGGAUAGGAGGCUCAUCAGUACUCUGAAGUAUCUGACAACGAGGGAUUGCCUUUCGGGGCACUCUUCAAAACCUGGGGAAGCCAUGCUUUAGUGCUUGGCCCGUAUCGAGGAUGUUUGGAUGUGUUCGCAGGAGGGAUUGGCUGGCUGUCUGUCACCAGAUAUACGGUGGCUGGCUGGCUGGGCCCGCCUGCACCUCCACCACAAACGCUGUGAGGGCGCGACGACUUGACUGUUUCCUUUGUCUCAUGAUAUACACCUAUGAAAGAACAUGAAUUGAUGAUUUAUGUCAAUUGCUCCAUCG